AUGUUGCGAGAGGACGACGGAUCUUUGAGAUCCUCAGACAAUUCCUCUGCCUUAUCACAGCGAAUUUCCAAUCCCAAACCCUCGACAAGACUCCGAUCGCAAUACCCCGCCGAUUCUCUCGAGAGCCAUGUCGAGUACAUCCUGGUUGCUUCGUUCGAUAUUGACCGCGGGUCGGUCAUGGAACACCAAUACCCAGGCCCGAUCAGUGGAGAUGAGACCAUGCUAGCAGAGCUCAUGUUGCCUGAUCAAGCCCAUGUGCGCAGCCAGGAUUGGACCAUUUUCUUUCUACAUAAAGACACAACCACCGAGGAAGAGGAAAAGGAAGCCCGAAGAGAGCGAAGGAGGAAACGUAGACGCAGAAAGGAAGGGUUGGGGGAGGAAGAUGAUGCAACUGUUGGUGCUGAGGAGAACGACCAGGAAGAGGAUGACGAUUACGGCGACGAUACGGACACGGAUAGUGACGAGGGUGACGACGCCGAUGGCCCACCUCUGGUCUACGUAUUGAAUUUGGUGAACACGAAGCAGGACAACACUGUAAAAAGAGGUGCUAUCGUGAAAGCCAUGGCGAUCUGUACCCGACAUUCCUUCCUCCAUAUCUACAAGCCGUUGUUGUUGCUGGCCCUCGAAGAAUAUUUCAGAGCGCCCAUUCUGGAGACGCUGGCGUCUCUUUACGAAGCACUUAAUGCCAUGGAUCUGUCUUUGCUCCCGAAAUUAUCGACUCUAGAGACGUUCGUCUUACAGGCAAGCGAUGCAAAAGACAUGUUCCUAGAGAAAUUCCACCAGAUGAUAGAGCAGCGUAAGGCCAAUGACGCAGAACGAGCUUCGUUACCAUCGGCGAUAUCAAGCGCAUCGGAUCCCAAGAAGAAAGUGUACGCACCACCACGCGACACGCAUGAGUUUGAAUCCAAAGUCAAUUACAAUGGCAUCCCUGUUCCAAUCAAAGUCCCUACGGCUUUGAGCGCAGAGACUGUGGGCGAUUUCUCGCUGAUCAAGCUGAUUCAAACCUUUUCGACGCCUCACUCGACACAACCUCAACCAUUCGCGCUCCAUGCACACCUGACAACUAGUGGUGCCUAUACCCAUCCAAUCAUUGUGCUUGUCAACGCCCUCUUGACUCAGAAGCGCAUUAUCUUCUUAGGGCAUAACAGGCCUUCAAGUGAAGUCGCGGAAGCGGUCCUUGGAGCCUGCGCACUUGCAUCAGGUGGAUUGUUACGGGGUUUUGUGCGGCAUGCCUUCCCAUAUACCGAUCUAACCAAGAUUGAUGAUCUGCUGAAAGUACCCGGCUUCAUUGCCGGCGUUACCAAUCCAGCAUUUGCAUUAAAACACGAAUGGUGGGACGUGCUUUGUGAUCUUCCGACUGGUCGGAUCAAGAUCAGCAACCGCAUCGAGAGCGCACCGACCACUGACGGUCUCGUAUACUUCCAGCAGCAAGGUAUUCCAGUAACAAACGUGAACGGCUCGCAACCUGGAUCCGAGAGCAAGAAUGGUGUGGAUACGACUGGAGAUUCUCAAUUCAUGGAGGGGCUUCUACAAAGCAUUGCAAAUCGCCAUGGAGAAAAUGCCAUUCGUGCAAAAUGGCGAUCAUGGAUUAUGAAGUUCACGCGCAUCGCUGCUGCCUUUGAGGAGACGGUGUAUGGGGCUUCUGCGCUCUACAUUGGCUCGCACGAAACGGAUGUAGGAGCAUAUGGAGUCUCAGGGCAUGGCUUCGUAUGGCCAGAUGAAGGUUCACGGUUGAGGGAAUUGGCAGCAAAUGUACACAGGGUCGAAGGAUGGAGGAGUACACGCUCGUACUACAGCUUUGUUCAAGAUCUUGCGAGACGGUGGGACAAGCGACCCGUGCGAGGUAUUGACCUUCACCACCAGCACGAUCGCUUACGUUGCCUCAAGCUUUCGCACGAGCAGAGUGCUGCCAUCUACCUCGCUCUAGCUCGCGCCGUCGAAGAAGCUGGCACGCCGAAUCCAUCGAGUUCGGACGUAGAUCUACCCUCAGCAGCAUCGCAGUCGCUGACAAUCGCGAACGAUCCCGACCGUAAACCAGGGGAACAACUACAGUACGACACAAUCCUUCAGCUGCUUUCUGUGGUUCCCGAAAGCAAUAGCGGUCUCUUCUACUUAGCGCUGGGAUUAUUCCAUCCAAGACAAGAUGUGCGCAUUGCUGUCGUUGGACUGUUGGAGAGGAUCAUGGAACAUCCUGCUGGACGUCACUUCUGGGCUACGCUGGGCAGAUUCGCCAAACUUGCAUUCUUUAGAGUCAAGAGGGAGGAGGUAGGUCAUUUAAAAUGA